GUCAGCUUGGCCGCUCGCGCAGUACAACAAUCCUUCAGGCUGCUAGCAGAAUGUCGCCAAAACUGGAUUUAUCUGCGACAACUUUGACUUAAAUUGGCUUUUAUUACAACAUACUUGUUUUAUAAAACUGACAGAAGGUUUAUUCAGUGAGUUGGCGAACCAUGGCUCCGAUGCUGGAUGACCCCCGGAAGCUGUUCCUCCUCACCACGGUGGGAAAUUAUUUCAGCGUGAAGACCUCACCUGCACUCGCCACCUGCACGCAGAUCAACAACUUCCUGGACGACGCAAACGAGUUCCUGUUAGCUGCGAGCACGGAUGGAGACGAGCUCCGCUUCUCCAACAGGAUGGACAGCGGGCAGUGUGAGAAGCGAGUGCUGGUGUUCUUUAAGCUGCGUCCGUGUGUGAUUACGGAGGAGAAUAUCAGCAGCAUGGUGUUAGUUUCCUCCAUGUUGGAAUCUCCCAUCAGCACCCUGUACCAGUCCAUUAGGACAGUGUUUAAUCCUGCACUACAUCAGGAUGAGAAGUGGAGUCAGGCCUUUGAUCCUCGGCUGCAGUCUUUGCUCAGUGAGCUGGAGGCCGGUUUGGGCUCUGCGCUUCGACACACACAUCCAAAGAAUUCUGGGAAAAAGACUCUUUCAGAGGACGAUGUUCUUGGGAUGGUGACUCCAUGUGAUGAGUUUCAGUACUGGGCUGAAGUGAGUCGCUCAGCAGAGAGGAGCAGUGCGAGAGAGCGAGCCAUGCACUUUUCUCAGCUGUUCAAACCCAUAGAGAAGGACUACAGUUCUCUGGACAGUGCGAGUCUGACAGAGGCGCUGGAGCUGAUAGAACACACUCGAGACGUUCUGGACGAUGUGUGGAAGCAGAACGAACAUACGCCCUACUCCGAAACACGCAUGCGCAGACUCAUGGACGUGACAGGCUUCUCUCUGGCUCGGUUCGUGCAGAAGAAGCUUUGCGUGCUGCGUCUGUGGGAGGAGCCAUACUCCAGCGUGAGAGAGAGUCUCAAAACGGGCGUGGCUGUCUGUGAGCAAUGGGUGGCGGCAUGCGAACACCUGAGCAGCCAGGUGUGGAAACGCUACUCGCCCCACCCAUGGAGCGGAGAGAAGCACCGCCCACUCGGUCUGCACGACCUCACACACCGACUGCAGGAGGUGCUGCAGUUGCGUACGGUGCAAGAGAAGCUCCAGCGGUUGGUGUUUGGAGCGCAGCAGCAACAGAUUUCUGCCUCCAUAGUGUUCGAGCCUUUCACUGGUCUCAACCCUGUACUGUACAACCCUUACACUGAGCCUUUAUGGAGAGCCGCCGUGUCUCAGUUCGAAAGAUUGAUCGCCCCGGCUGAACAGGAAGUAGCAGGACGACUGAAAGCUUUCAUCAGAGAUGUGCAAGACAGUCCCCAGCAGUUGCUGCUGGUGUUCCAGAAGCACAGAGACCUCAUCAAACGUCCAACAGUGAGCAAGGAGCUCCAGCCAGAGAGAGAGACACUGCUUACACGCCUACUCGACUACUGCAGAGGGCUGCGUGCUGAUUUUGAUGGCCGAUGCCAUGGUGUUCCAGGAGAGAAAACCGGGCCUCUGGCAGGCAGGAACCUUCCUGAGGUUGUUAACAACAUAGUUUGGGUCAGACAGCUGCUCAUGAAGGUGGAAGACUCUUUAAAGAUGGCGGAGGCGCUGUUAUCAGACCUGCCAGGCUUCCGUGCGUUUGUGCAGUUCUCUGAUGAGGUUCUCGAGCAGCUGAGGUCAUACGAGCAGGAGCAGUUUGAUGACUGGACAAGAGACUUAAUCUCCGGACUAUCAGACCCCAAAUCAGGAAUCAGUUUGCAGGCCAGUAACCGGGUGAUGGAGCUGGAUCAUGUAGAUGGAAAGCUGAAGGUUCAGUACUCCGAGCGCUUGGUGAGUUUAGUGAAGGAGGUGAGACAGCUCUCUGCUCUCGGCUUCACCGUUCCAGCCAAGAUCAUACAGGCAGCUACCGUCGCUGAGAGGUUCCACAGACAGGCUCUCGUAUUGAAACAGGUGGCUCAUUUCUACAACACCAUAGACCAACAGAUGAUUCCUUCCCAGAAACCAAUGAUGCUGAAUUAUGCUCUGGCCUUUGAGCAGGUUAUUAAGCAGAGUCCUCGUGCAGAGACGCGGGAUGGAGGAGGCAAACUGCAGAUAACGUGGGAGAACCCAAAAGAGCUGGAGAUUUACAUUAACAAGCUGCAGAAUGCUGCAGAGAGGCUCUCCGCCCAGAACAGGAAGCUCCGCAAGUGGCACACUGACUUCACUGACAAGGUGGUCAUGUUGAUGAGUGUAGAUCUCCUGCGGCAGCAGCAGCGGUGGAAGGAAGGACUGCAGGAGCUCAGGGCUGGAUUCGCGACCAUCGAGUCCCAGGGCGUGCGAGUGAGCGAUAUGCAUGCAUGGAGACAGCACUGGAAUCAUCAGCUGUAUAAAGCCCUGGAGUUUCAGUACCAGUGCGGACUGCAAGCGCUCAACAAGAACCUUCCUGAAAUACACAUCGACCUCGUUUUUAAGCACGGCCGCGUGCAGUUCCGGCCGGUGUGUGAGGAGCUGCGUGUGAGGUACUACAGAGAGCUGAAGCGCUUCAUCAGCAUCCCCAAUCAGUUCAGAGGAGUGUAUGAGAGUGACAAGGGGGCGGAGCCUAUAUUCACCGCCAUGAUUGACAACAACUCCCGAGCCUUCAUCACCAUCUACAGCAACGCCGAGCAGCUGUUCAGCAGACUGCAGCAAGUACAGGACAGGUUCAGGGAGUGGGUGGUGUUGGGACAGGUGGAUAUGGAGGUUCUGGUGGAGAAACACCUUCUCACAGUACAGGACUGGGAAAGAAACUUCAGAGCCCUUAAAGCGAAAGGGAAAGAGGUCGAACGUCUUCCCAGCGUGGAGAAGGUGGACUGCUUCACGGUAAACUGUGAGCCAGUGAAGGCCGCGAUUGACGAUUUGAUCCAGAAACUAUUUGACACAAUGCUGACAGCUCUGAGGAAAUCCAUCCAGGGUCAUAUACAGGCCGUAGACUCAUUUGUUAACAGUGGGAUGGCUGCGUUAUCUACACGACCAGAGAGCAUAGAGGAGAUCGGAGAAGCCAACUCCAAACACAGCCAACUCCAGGCCCAGAAACCUGAGGUUCUGCCCCAGUUCCAGCAGAUGGAGGAGAAGAACAGACUUCUUCGCUCGGUUGCAGGAGGAGGCGUUGACUCAAUCAGCUCGCUCAGAGCAAAGUGGGACAAAUUCGAGCUGAUGAUGGAGAGUCACCAGCUCAUGAUCAGAGAACAGGUAGAGGUGAUGAAGAACAGCGUGUCGGGUCGAGUCAGCGUGUACUUGCAGGAGCUGCAGAAGUUCCGCUCUCGUUGGGAUCAGCUCCGACCCGCCGAUGAUGUCAUCGAGUCAUGUGACCCCGACGCCUUGCAGCGCUGUGUGGAACGAGUGAGGGAGAAGAGAGAGGAGUUUAAUGAGCUCGAGAACACACGCACGAAGCUGCUGGAGGAUUGUGAGCACUUUGGGCUGGAUGUUCCGGACAUGUCUCUUGCAUUGGACACACUACACGACCUGCAGAGGUGUUCAGACAUGUGGAGCCUGUAUGAGGAGUUUCAAAACACACUAAACACCAGUGCGCAGCAGGACUGGAUCACCUUCAGGAGCAGGACACAUGAGUUUGAGGAGUUUGUGUUCAUGUGGCACGAUCGCCUGAGGAAGCAGGAGGAACAUAACACCAUGACGGUCAUGCUGCAGAAGGAAGUGGACAAGUACAAGACUCUGCUUCCUGUGCUGAAGUAUGUGAGAGGUGAUCACCUGUCUCAAGAUCACUGGCUGGAUCUGUUUAGACUGCUCGGCCUCCCCAAAGGAACCACUCUGGAGAGACUCCUGUUCAGAGACCUGCUGACCGUCUCACACACCAUCAUAGAUAAAGCCCUGGAGCUGAAGGACCUGAACAGCCGUGCUCAUGCGGAGGUGAGUAUCCGUGAGGCUCUGCGUGAGGUGGAGCUGUGGGCUGCUGGAGCGAGUUUCUCUCUCACUGAGUACACCAACAGCACCAGCGCUCACAUCAGCCUCAUUCGCGAGUGGAGAGACGUCAUGAACCAGGUUGGAGAUAACCGGUGUCUGCUGCAGUCCCUGAAGGACUCGCCAUAUUACCAGCGCUUCCACGAUAAGGUGUCUCUGUGGGAGACUCGUCUCGCUGACCUCGAUGACUUCCUGCAGAGCCUCAACAGCAUCCAGAGGAAGUGGCUCUACCUCGAGCCCAUAUUUGGGCGUGGCGCGUUGCCGCGGGAACAGGCCCGGUUUCACAGGGUGGACCAGGACUUCAGGGCCAUAAUGUCGGAUGUGCAGAGAGACAGCAGAGUGACGUCUCUAACCACGCGAGCAGGAAUGAGAAACUCUCUGAACACACUGCAGGAUCAGCUACAGCGCUGUCAGAAAUCCCUCAAUGAUUUCCUUGAGGAGAAACGUUCUGCGUUUCCUCGUUUCUAUUUCAUCGGUGAUGACGACCUGCUGGAGAUCCUGGGCCAAGCGACAAAUCCCACUGUCAUCCAGACACACCUGAAGAAGCUGUUUGCAGGAAUCCACAGUGUGGACUUUGACUCGAGCUGCAGCAGAAUCACAGCUAUGAAGUCACUAGAAGGAGAGACGGUCCCUCUGAGGAACACAAUCACCAUCUCUAAUGAUGUGGAGGUGUGGCUGAGUGAACUGUCCUCAGAAAUGAAGGAGACGUUGCAGUUCCUGCUGUGCGAGUGUGUGAAAGCAGUGAAGGGAGGCGGAGUCGACCCCAACCGCUUCCCCUCACAGAUCCUGUGCCUGGCUGAACAGAUCCAGUUCACAGAGGAUGUAGAAAGCGCCAUCCGUGAGCAGAACCUGCACCAACUGGAGCUCGAGCUCACGGCCAAACUGGAGCACUACACCGACACAAACGCUCGCAUAGAGUCCGCAGACUCCAGUGUGUUACAGUUGAAGCUGAAAGCUCUGAUCCUGGAUGUGAUCCACAACCUGUCGGUGGUGCGGGAGCUGCUGGAGGUUCACGUUCACAGUGCGGACGACUGGGUGUGGAAGAAACAGCUGCGUUUUUACCUGAACACUGAUCAGCGCUGCACUGUACACAUGGUGGACGCAGCGUUCAACUACACCUACGAGUACCAGGGUAACGCCCCGAAGCUAGUGCACACUCCGCUGACGGAUAAGUGCUACCUCACGCUGACUCAGGCCAUGAGGAUGGGUUUGGGAGGAAACCCGUACGGACCGGCCGGAACCGGUAAAACUGAGUCUGUUAAAGCGCUGGGAGGACUGCUGGGCCGACAGGUGCUGGUGUUCAACUGUGAUGAGGGCAUCGACGUGAAGUCUAUGGGUCGUAUCUUCGUGGGGUUGAUAAAGUGCGGAGCUUGGGGCUGCUUCGAUGAGUUCAAUCGUCUGGAGGAAGCCGUGCUGUCUGCCGUGUCCAUGCAGAUCCAGGCCAUUCAGGACUCACUGAGACAGCAUAGAGACACCUGUCACCUCCUGGGCAAAGAGGUGGAGCUGGACCCAAACUCUGGUGUGUUCAUCACUCUGAACCCCGCCGGUAAAGGUUACGGAGGGAGACAGAAACUUCCGGACAAUCUGAAGCAACUUUUCCGCCCUGUUGCCAUGACGACCCCCGAUAACGAGCUCAUUGCUGAGGUCAUCCUCUACUCCGAGGGCUUUAAACAGGGGAAAGAGCUUGCACGCAAACUCACUGCUGUGUUCAACCUGGCCAGGGAGUUGUUGACUCCUCAGCAGCACUAUGAUUGGGGGCUGCGUGCUCUGAAGACGGUGCUGAAAGGCUGUGGGAAUUUAUUACAGCUACAGAGGAAACAACACACAGAAGUGAGUGAGAGUGUGUUAGUGGUGCAGGCUCUCAGGUUGAACACACUCUCGAAGCUGACGUUCUCAGACAGCGCUCGCUUCGAUGCCCUGCUUAGAGACGUCUUUCCUGCAGUGGACUUCAACGAAGUGCACUAUGAAGAGCUGAAGAACGCCCUUCUGGGCGCUUAUGAAGAAGCACAACUUGAGAUCAUACCUAGCCAGGUGAGGAAGGCUCUGGAGCUGUAUGAACAGAUGAGGCAGCGGAUGGGCGUGGUCAUGGUCGGUCCGAGCGGCUGCGGGAAGUCAACCGUGUGGCGUUUGCUGCGUGCCGCGUUAAAGCGUCUUGGCCUCACGGUGCAGCACCACACCGUCAACCCUAAAGCGCUGAGCCGACAGCAGCUGCUGGGACACAUGGACAUGGACACGCGCGAGUGGAGCGACGGAGUCAUCACCGCUGCUUCCAGACACGUCAUCCGGGAACCUCAAGAGGUGAGUUCGUGGAUCGUGUGUGAUGGUGAUAUCGACCCAGAGUGGGUGGAAUCCCUGAACUCGGUUCUGGAUGACAACCGUUUGCUGACAAUGCCGAGCGGAGAGCGCAUUCAGUUCGGCCCAAACGUCAACUUCCUGUUCGAGACACACGACCUGAGCUGUGCUUCUCCUGCCACCAUCUCCCGCAUGGGCAUCAUCUUUCUCAGUGAUGAGGACACUGAUGUUAGCGCUCUGCUGAAAGCAUGGUUAAGGAGAGAGCAGGUGGAGAACAGGGACAAUCUGGAGAUCUGGAUUAAUGAAUACUUCCAGCGAGCACUCAACUGGGUGUUCACACAGGGGGAGUGUGUGGUAGAGACUAGUCUGGUAGGGGCUGUCCUGAAUGGUUUGUCCCAUCUGAGGGGGGUGAGUGAGCGGGGGGAGUUUAUAGUUGGGUUGAUCCGUGGACUCGGAGGAAAUCUGCAGCUAAAAUCACGACAGGAGUUCGCCAAGCAGGUGCUAAGCUGGGCAGGAGAGAUCCCUCCUGAUCCGCGGAACCCUCUGGAUCUGUACUACGAUCGUGACUCCGGUCGAGUGUGUGUGUACGAGCUGCAGCGUGGCGAUGGAGUGCGUGUGGAGGACUUGAGCAAUACGCACACACUCCCCGUCAUACACACUCCACGUACACAGCAUGCUCUACACAACUUCACACACUGGCUCCAGUCUGGACACACACAGCCAUUCCUGCUGGUUGGGCCAGAGGGCUGUGGCAAGGGGAUGUUGUUGCGUUAUGCGUUUUCCAGGCUGCGCUCCACUCAGGUGGCGGUGGUUCACUGCAGCGCUCAGACGACGUCGCGGCACGUCCUGCAGAAACUCACUCACACGUGCGUGUGCAUCAGCUCCAACACACACCGCGUGUACCGGCCGCGUGACUGCGAGCGGCUCGUCCUCCACCUCAAAGACAUCAACCUCCCCAAACCGGACAAGUGGGGGACCAGCAACCUGAUCGCCUUCCUGCAGCAGGUCUUGACAUAUCAGGGCUUCUAUGAUGAAAGUCUAGAGUGGGUCGGUUUGGAGAACAUUCAGAUCGUUUGUUCGAUGUCAGUUGGAGGCGCUGUGGGACGCCACACACUCACCUCACGCUUCACCUCUAUAGUGCGCAUCUGCACCAUUGAUUAUCCUGACAGAGAGCAGCUGCAGACAAUCUAUAGCGCAUACCUUUCACCUGUGUUGCAGAGAACUCUGGGUAAUCAUCCCACCUGGAGUUCUGUUGGGAAGAUCCAUCAGCUCGCUGGCUCAUUGGUCCAAAUCUAUGAGCAGGUGAAGGCUAAGUUCACCGUAGAUGACCACAGUCACUACCUGUUCACUCCGUGUGUGUUGACUCAGUGGGUACUGAACCUGCUCAGAUACGACCUGACUGCAGGUAAAUGCGUUACUCCCACAGACUCUGUGCUGGAGGUGGUAGUGUACGAGGCUCACCGGCUCUUCAGAGACAAACUCGUCUCAGAUAAAGACUUGCAUGCAUUUGACAACAUCCUCAGCUCUGUCAUUCGAGGAGAUUGGGGCUCUGAUGUGCUGGACAAUGUGUCUGACACAUUCUUUGUGACGUGGGGCGCAAGUCAUGAUGGGCGUGGUCACGACAAGCCCCUCCCACUUUAUGGGAAACCACUUGGCCGACUCAACUCCAGCGACCUCACAGAAGUCAUCCGCAAGGGGGUUCUUCAGUAUGAACGUGAGAACCGGGAGUUGGACUUGCUGAUCUUCCCGGAGGUGUUAGACUUUGUGUGUCGUGUAGACCGGGUCCUGUCUGCUCCAGCCGGGUGUGUGCUGCUAGCGGGCCGGAGCGGCGUGGGUCGACGCACGGCUGUGUGUUUGGUCACGCACAUGCACCGUGCCACGCUCCACACACCCAGGAUCAGUCGCUCAUACACACUCAAACACUUUAGGAAUGACCUUAAAACCGUGAUGCAGAUGGCGGGUGUAGAAGGGCAGCAGACGGUCCUGUUGUUGGAGGAUCAUCAGUUUGUACAUCCCUCCUUCCUGGAGAUGGUCAACAGCCUGCUCUCUUCAGGUGAAGUUCCCGGGCUGUACUCUACAGAAGAGCUGGAGCCGUUACUGUCAUCUCUGAAGGAUCAGGCAGCGCAAGAUGGAUUCACCGGACCCCUUUUUAACUACUACACACAUCGUGUGCAGCAGAACCUCCAUGUGGUGUUGAUCAUGGACUGCACCAAUGAAAACUUUACCAUCAACUGUGAGAGCAACCCGGCACUGUACAGGAAGUGCAGUGUGCAGUGGCUGGAGGGAUGGAGAGACAGCAGCAUGAAGAAGAUUCCUGAGAUGUUUCUGUCCGAAAUGGAAGAGGAGAAGAGCUCAGAAAAAAAAACGAAGAAACACAAAACAGACUUCUUCCACUCGUUUCUGAUGAUCCACAAGUCGUGUCGCGAUUACGGAGCGACGCCUAACCGAUACCUGAGCUUCCUCAAGGUGUAUCAGUCCAUUUACAGCACGAAGAAGAGAGAGCUCACUCAGAGACAGCAGCACCUGCAGGCAGGCGUGGCUAAGCUAAACGAAGCAAAGUCAUUGGUUGAUGAGCUGAAGAGGCGCGCAGCUGAGCAGAGCAUGUUACUGAAAACUAAACAGGCGGAGGCAGAUGCAGCACUGCAGGAGAUCACCACGUCCAUGCAGAAUGCAAGUGAUCAGAAGACAGAGAUGGAAAAGCUGAAGGGAAGGAUGGCGCAGGAAGUGGCCAAAAUAGAGGAGCGAAAAGAGAAGAUUGAUGACGAACUGAAAGAAGUCCAGCCCCUGGUUGAAGAGGCGAAGCAGGCUGUUGGAAACAUCAAACCGGAGUCUCUGUCUGAGAUUCGCUCGCUGCGAAUGCCACCGGAUGUCAUCAGAGACAUUCUGGAAGGAGUGCUGAGGCUCAUGGGAAUCUUCGACACCUCCUGGGUCAGCAUGAAGAGUUUCUUGGCUAAGCGCGGCGUGAGAGAGGACAUCGUGACGUUUGACGCCCGAAACAUCACACACGAGAUCCGGGAGAGCGUGGAAGAGUUACUGCACAGGAACAGGGCCUCCUUCGAUCCGAAGAACGCAAAGCGUGCGAGUGCAGCGGCGGCUCCGUUAGCUGCAUGGGUGAAAGCGAAUGUCCAGUACUCUCACGUCCUGGAGAAGAUACAACCACUGGAGACUGAGCAAGCAGGACUAAUGGAAAACCUGCGUAAGACGGAGAGUCGGAUGAGUAAACUGGAGGCUCAACUCAACUCUGUUGGAGAAAGAGUGUCAGAGCUGAAGGACAAGUUUCAGUGUCGUACAACUGAAGCUGCAAAACUAGAAGCCGAUGUGAGCAGAGCUCAGGAAACCAUCAGCGCUGCGGAGAAACUCAUCCACCAGCUGGACGGAGAACACACUCGCUGGAGCACACAGGUGGAUGAGAUUAGCGAGGAGCUGAAAACUCUUCCGAAGCGCGUGCAGCUGGCAGCAGCGUUUAUCACGUACCUGUCUGCCACACCUGAGGAUCAGCGCAGAGCCACAUUGCACAGCUGGAUGGAGCAUGCAGAACUGCAGAAGUUUGAUUUACGUCAUUUCCUGUGCUCUGAGAGUGAACAGCUGAUCUGGAAGAGUGAAGGACUGCCAUCUGAUGACCUGUCUAUGGAGAACGCCCUCGUUAUCCUGCAGAUCACUGCAUUAAAGAACCGGAGUGUGGCGUGUCCGUUUCUCAUAGACCCUUCCUCUCGAGCCACAGAAUGGUUACGCACUCACCUUAAAGCACAACGGUUAGAGGUCAUCAACCAACAGGACUCUAAUUUUAUGACAUCAUUGGAGUUGGCAGUGCGUUUCGGAAAAACGUUGAUAAUUCAGGAAGUGGACGGCGUCGAGCCAGUGCUUUAUCCUCUAUUGCGCAGAGACCUAAUCGCACAAGGUCCUCGUUACGUAGUUCAGAUCGGAGAGAAAGUCGUCGACUAUAACGAGGAUUUCCGCUUGUUUCUGGCAACCCGCAACCCCAGUCCGUUUAUACCCCCUGAUGCUGCUUCUAUUAUAACUGAAGUGAAUUUUACCACCACCAGAGCAGGACUGCGUGGGCAGUUGUUGGCGUUGACCAUCCAGCAUGAGAAACCGGAACUGGAGAGAGAGAAGACCCGACUGUUGCAGCAGGAGGAGGAGAAGAAGAUUCAGCUUGCCCUGCUGGAGGACUCGCUGCUACAGACUCUGGCCACAGCUCAGGGAAACAUUUUGGAGAAUAAGGAGCUGAUCGAGUCUCUGAAUCAGACGAAGGCGAGCAGCGCUCUGAUACACACCUCUCUCACAGAGUCGCACAGACUGCAGGCCUCGCUCGACCAGGAGAGAGAUGCCUAUUUGCCAUUAGCCGAAAGUGCCAGUAAGAUGUAUUUUGUAAUCACGGAUUUAUCGCGUGUUAAUAGCAUGUACCGCUUUAGUCUGGCCUCCUUCAUCAGAAUCUUCCACAGAGCGCUGCAGACUCAACAGGAGAGUGACAGCACUGAGGCGAGGAUCGCAGCACUGGAGAUGUCUUUGAAGAGCAUGGUGUAUGAAUACGUCUGCCGCUCGCUGUUUAAGGUGGAUCAGCUGAUGUUUGCACUGCACUUUGUGAAGGGAACGCAGCCAGAACUCUUCCAGGAGAACGAAUGGGAUGCGCUCAUUGGACUGAUAGUCGCAGACACGAUCAGGAAGACGGAUUCCCAGAAGUCCUUGCAGGAACACAUUCCUUCCUGGAUUGAUCAGGAGAGACACACUGCUGUGGCUUUACUCAAGAGUACAUUUCCGGCGCUGUAUCAGUCCCUGUGUCUCGGCGACGCAGAUCUCUGGCUCUCAUUUUCACAAAGCUCCGUCUGCGAACAGGAAAUCCCUUCUUCCAUCGCCAAGAAGAUCUCUCUCUUUCAGCAGGUGCUGGUGGUCCAGGCUCUCAGACCGGACAGACUGCAGAGCGCCAUGGCCAACUUCGCCUCACAUACACUGGGAAUGAAGGAACUGUCUCCUCCGCCGUUAAACCUGAGACGGCUCUACGGCGAGACGGUAGAGACAGAACCGGUGCUGAUCAUCAUUUCUCCCGGAGCCGACCCGUCUCAGGAGCUGCAGGAGCUCGCUAACCACACCGUGGGACUCGAGCGUUACCACGAGGUGGCCAUGGGGCAGGGCCAGGCCGAUGUGGCUCUGCAGGUUCUCAGAGAGUGUGUGUGUAACGGAGAGUGGCUCUGCCUGAAGAAUCUGCACCUUGUCACUCAGUGGCUCCCCCUGCUGGAGAAGGAGCUGAACAGUAUGCAGCCUAAAGCAGGGUUCAGACUCUGGCUUACUGCCGAGGUUCAUCCCAACUUCACUCCCAUUUUACUGCAGUCCAGCCUCAAGAUCACCUAUGAGGCUCCCCCUGGUUUGAAGAAGAACCUGCUGAGAACAUAUGAGUCGUGGAGUUCGGAGCAGAUCAGUAAAGGAGGAAACAUUGCACGUGCUCAGUCGCUCUUCUGCCUCGCCUGGUUUCAUGCUGUGUGUCAGGAGAGACGCAACUACAUCCCUCAGGGUUGGACUAAGUUCUACGAGUUCUCCCUGUCUGAUUUGAGAGCGGGAUUCGACAUCAUCGAUCGGCUGUUUGAAGGAGGAAAGAUGUUUCAGUGGGACUGCGUGCACGGUUUGUUAGAAAGUGCGAUCUACGGUGGACGUGUGGAUAACGUGUGUGACCUCCGAGUGCUGCGCUCGUACCUGCACCAGUUCUUCAGCAACGAGACCCUCACACACUCACGCACACGGGCCACGUCCGCUUUUCCUCCUCAGAUCAACCUGCCCAACUCCUGCGGCAUAGCGGAUUAUCAGCGUGUGGUGGACAGUCUCCCAGAGGACGAUAAGCCGAGUUUUUUCGGACUUCCUGCCAACAUCGAGCGUUCUGCUCAACGCAUCACCAGCACACAGGUGAUCUCUCAACUAAGGAUUUUGAGCAGAUCGGUGACUGCAGGGUCAAAGUUCGACCGAGAGCUGUGGGCGAGUGGCCUCUCACCUGUACUCAACUUAUGGAAGAGACUGAAUCAGGGUUCGUCUCUAAUCCAGCAGAAGCUGGCUCCGCCCACCGAGGGCGCCGGCUCCCCCGUGCUCUCAUUCGUCCUGUUGGAGCAGUUCAACGCUGUCCGAUUGGUCCAGAGCAUCCACCAAUCACUGGCCUCGCUCAGUAAGGUGAUCCGUGGAACCUGCCUGCUGACGGCCGACACCCACAAACUCGCCACCGCCCUGCUUAACCAGGAGUGUCCUCUGGGUUGGCAGAGUAAGUGGGAGGGGCCUGAUGACCCCAUGCAGUAUCUCAGAGCUGUGGUGAGCAGAGCCCUCGCUGUGCAGAACUGGGUAGAGAGAGUGGAGAGGAACACGCUGCUGAGUGACACCUUGGACCUUUCGGACCUCUUCCAUCCACACACCUUCCUUAACGCCCUGAGACAGGAGACUGCCAGAUCUAUGAGCUGCUCUAUGGAUAGUCUGAAGUUUGUAGCAUCGUGGAAGAGUCUGAUAGCUGGAGCUAAACUGCAAGUGAAGGUUGGAGGUCUUCAACUAGAAGGCUGUAGUUUUGAUGGGAAUCGACUGAGUGAGAAUCAUCACAACUCACCCAGUGUGUGUGCUGUUCCUACCUGCUACAUGGCCUGGAUUCUUCAGAAUAGCCCAGGUUGUUACUCCCCGGAGGAGUGUGUGUUGCUGCCGGUGUAUGCGAGCGCAGAGCGAGUGUGUGUGGUCACACACAUUGAUGUUCCAUGUGGAGGAAACCAGGAGCAAUGGAUCCAAAGUGGAGCUGCAUUAUUCCUCAAACAGCAGAAUUAUGAGAAAAGGGAAAAAAGACAAGAGAAGAGACACUGAAAGAGUGAGGAAGAAGAGACAAAAGGAAAGAAAAAAAGAGAGUAGGAAGAGAAAUGAGAAUGAGAGAAAGGGAGCCCUUCACUGUGCACAUGCAUGUGAGUUGAAGCAAAGCUCCUGACUGAUCAGCUGUAAAGCUCAUCGUAACAUCAAGCGACAGAUUAAAGGGGGAGUUCACCUUUUUCACAUUUGAGCAGUUCUGAAUAUUUAUUCGCACAUUUCUAGUCACCUUAGACACUUUUUAUGUCAGUACAUGCAGUUUUUCCCCACUAAUUUUUGAUCGUU